AUGCUCGGCCUCUGCGUCCUCUGCGGCGCGCCACCGGCCACCGUCUCGGCACCGCCGCCGAGAGCCCGCUGCAGCGCGCCGGAGAAGAGCGGCCGGGCGUUCCUCCUGGGCGUCCCUGCGGCCGUCUCGCUCUCGCUCGCCCUCUGGUCCACCCCAGUGAGCGCCGGCAUCCUGUCAGGGUCCACCGGGCUGGAGUCGGUUCCAGCGCCCCCGAUGCCCCGGCUCGAGUUCCUGGACAAAUGGAAUGCGGAGAACCAGAGGAAGUACGCGGAGAAUGACUCGAGGUUCAAGUCCUCCAAGGUGCUCAAGGAGCUGCUGGAGAAGUCCAAGCAGAACAAACAGAAGAACGAGAGGGAGAUCCAGGACAAGUACUGCCUGCGGGGCGCCGAGUGGGGCGUCGGCGACUGCUCCACGGUGGGGAUGACGGACCAGGAGAAGGAGGACUUCAUCACAGAGCUCAGGAAAAGAGUUGGGGAAUGA